AUGAGUGCAACAUCUUCUACUGCUCCGACUGUAAAUCCUGCUCUUAUUGCAAAUCAAGAUUAUCAUACGGGAAUUCAACCAUAUUUUCUUUUACCAAUUCAAUUCUUAUUCUACGAUUUCUCUUUACGUUUCUGGGAUAAAGCAGUUUAUAACACUUGGUUUUUACCUGGUGAACUAAUUGAAGUUAUAAAAAUCGAAGACGACGAUGAAGAAGAAGAAUCAAUCAGCACAUCAUCUCGAAACUUUCUGACAAUUUCUACUAUAUAUAUUCUUCAAGAAUUAAAAAAAUUUUCAUAUAAAACAACAACUAAAAAGAAAGUUCCAACGUUUGAUCUAUUCGAUGUAUUCUUCUCAGUUUUACCUUUACUCGCACACACUAUUUGGUAUUGUAUAGUUCAAUCUUCAUGUGAAUCAUAG